AUGGAUAGGAACGCAAGCAUAAAUAUAGAUGAUUCAGGCUUGACCAAGUUUUUGAUUUGCAAAGAGUGAUGGGAUCAUUAUUCAAAUUUAAAUACCAGCCCUGACCAAAUUGAUAAUAAAAGCUUACUCCCUAUGUGAGCUUGGAGGGUUUAUUUUUCUUUUCGUUAUUUAUAACUUUAAAAGUGGAAUCACACACUCGAUCUCAAUUUAUUCAUAACUAAAUAUUAAAACAAUUUUUUAAGACUAAAAUUUGCCUUAGAAUGCAAGCUGUUUCAAAUUAAAUAAAAAUAAGCAAAGGUAUUGUUUUAGUAAUAAAUUAUUUAUACAUUUUUAAACUAAUUUUUGCAUGCCUCACAGAGAUGGCUGUUUUCCAAAAAAGGAUUUUUCCAAUGAUUUUGCUCGUUAGUGGAGAGGGUUAGUGAAAAAUUCAACAAAUAACAUCAGACAAUUUAAAAUCCGCUCAGGCAUUGAAGAAAACAAGGACUUUGUAAUUGUAAGCGAAAAUGAGUGAAGGUCUUUAGUCAGCCAGUUCGGCGGUGGCCCAGAAAUCGAAGUUUUUUUGAUUGAGGGGAAGCCUGAUAUUAAUCCCAUAUCAAUUGACGUCUGGGUUGUUAAAGGUAAUUCCUCGAUUACUCAAGAACCGAAAGCUUCAUUUUGGGUUUCAGAUAAAAUUUCACUUGGCCAAUUAAAAAAAUUCCUCUGCAGUAAGCUGCAAGUUUCUACAUUUGGCACAGAGAUCGAGAUUCUCGGAAAAAACACUUCUCUUCGAAACUGUGAAGAUAUGAUCGUCAGCAACUUAGGGAUUGGAAACUUCAGCAAAAUUUUUGUCUAGUUCUCCUAUUAAAAAAUUUUUUUUUCAUCUUAAUUUUGUAAUUAUAUCUAAUUUUAAAAUUAAAAUCAAAAUUUAAUUAAAACUCUAAAAGUCUAAGAGAAGAAAAUUCAAAUUUUUGCUACAACGCCAACGACGACUUCGAAGAUGAAGAAGUCAAAAGAGCAAUUCAGUUGUCAUUAAAUGAAGCUGAAAAUAAAGAACACUCAGAAGAGAUUAACUGCGACUUUAUCAAAGAAGAGCUUAAGCCAAGCUUCAGAAAUGACACCAAAAUAUGGGACACCAGAAUCAUGGAGGCCUUCUACGGAAAAAAAGUUAAAUUGAGAAUCCAAAAGCUGAGCCGAGUCAGAAAGAACGUGAAAAAAAUAGAAGAAGCCUUUAAGAAAUAUGUGAAGGUCAUGAGGGAUUAA